AUGCCGUUCAGGGUCGCCAUCAUGACGCGUCCCACCGCCGACGGCAUCCAUGAGCUCUACUGCGAGCUAUAUACCAGCGAUCUCAAGAACGACCCUGGCUUCAUCGAGGCAGUCACCCCGGAGGAGGCCAAGGCCGAGUACAACCUCGACGCCUCGCACCUCCUCGAGGCGCAGCGCCACAGCAACAACAACAACACAAACACAAACACGAACAACGUCAACGUCCACGUCCACAACCAGCCCGGCCCCCGCCGCCGCUCGCCGUCCGCCCGCAGGGUCAACAACCACCCGGCCAGCAGCAGCACCCGCAACGUCGCCCCCGUCGGCGCGACGAACACGUACGUCCACAGCAUGUCGGGCGGGACCAUGGUCAUCGCGCCGUGCAACCGCGUGGGCAUCGCCCGGAACGCCGCCUCCGCCGCAGCAGCAGCAGCAGCGCCCACGGCGGUCCGGCGGGUCCAUAACGGCGCGCGUCGUCAUCGCGACGACGACUACAACGACUACGACUACGACGACGAGGCGAUCGGCGGCGGCCCCGCCCGGGGUUGGUUGGCGGCCCCACGCGGCGGUGUCGCUGGCGACCCGCUCGGAGCCGAGGAUCCCGGCCGAGAGGCGGUCGAGCGCGGUCUGCGACUGCGCUUCGCGAUGGAGAUGGGAUUCGGAUCCCUGGCGGGUAGAGGCUUCGGAGCGAAUGGUGGCUUCUGA